CCCGAAAAUGCCAAGAAAACCGGAUCAUUAGAGGUAUAAAAGCGGCAAGACUUGAGAUCACAACUCACUCCACUACCCCAUCUUCCUACUGUUCAGUUCAGCAUGUACGUUCCAGUUCAACCAUUCUCCCCAAACGGAGUAGCAUCGAAAUUGCUCACUUGGUACCUCACCCGUAUCAACCUUAACGGUGUUACCAUUAGCCAAGGAAAUAUCACCUGUACAGGUUCAUCAAACUGUGUUAUUCCUCUUUUUGAUGAACGGAUCAUGGCGCUCUCCGUUUUGGAUAAAACGCAUGCGCAAUGCACAAAGAAAUUUAAAGGACAAAACGAUAAUAUCGAUCGUUAUUCAGGUAUUUGCAAACGUGAUAAUUACGGCAACGAUAUUGCGGACGUCUUUCUUGCCGAAUGCAAGUCGAAUGUAGACGACUACGUCCUCAUUACGUACAACAAGGAUAACAGCAAUUUUACUGCAAAUGGCAACGCCCGUGCCUUAUUCAGCCCAAUUCGAGUCGGCGCAAUCGAUCUUUACAAAACUCAACAAGUCAGCAACGAUGUUUCAUCUGAUGUGUAUUUGUACUGUCCAACGUCUGGUGUUGUAUGAUUAGCUGUCAUAAUAUGUGAUCUCAUUACCAGUCUCUAUACAUCUUCCUCUCUAUCAAUCACUCGCGAUCUUUUGCAUUCACGCUGCUUUCACCUGCUUUUGCGUCCCCGUCACUCCAAUCUCCCUUUUCCAGCAGUUGACGUAUCAAAUCAAUGCAUCGCUU